UCCCCCGGGUGCCGGUCCCGGCGGAGACACCACCCGCCCGACCUGCGCCGCCGCGUCCCCACCGCGUCCCCACCGCGCCGGGCAGCUCGGCCGCUUCUCCCGCGCCCGCAGCGUCGCGGAGGGAAGGGGGAGCCCCGCCGCCGGGAAGGCGCCCGGCCGCCGAGAUGGGCGCCGCCGACGAGGAUUAUAACUUCGUCUUCAAGGUGGUCCUCAUCGGCGAGUCCGGCGUGGGCAAGACCAACCUGCUGUCGCGCUUCACCCGCAACGAGUUCAACCACGACAGCCGCACCACCAUCGGCGUGGAGUUCUCCACCCGCACGGUGCCCGUGGGCGCCGCCGCCGUGAAGGCGCAGAUCUGGGACACGGCCGGCCUCGAGCGCUACCGCGCCAUCACCGCCGCGUACUACCGGGGGGCCGUGGGCGCCUUGGUGGUCUUCGACAUCACCAAGCACCAGACGUACGAGGCGGUGGAGCGGUGGCUCAAGGAGCUCUACGACCACGCGGACGCCGGCGUCGUCGUCAUGCUGGUGGGCAACAAGACGGACCUGGCGCAAGCCCGGGAGGUGCCGGCGGAGGAGGCGAGGAUGUUCGCAGACAACAAGGGGCUGCUCUUCGUGGAGACCUCGGCGCUGGACUGCACCAACGUGGAGCGGGCCUUCGCGACCGUGCUGCAGGAGAUCUUCAGCAAGGUGCAGGCGCAGAAGCAGCGGAGCGGCCAGGCCGCCGCGGUGUCGCUGCCCGCCGCGAGCCCCGCCGUGAGCGCGGCCCCGGUGCCGCCGGCCGGGCGUCCCUGCUGCAUGGCCCUGUGACCCCCCAGGGCGCCCCAAUUCUGCCAUAAAGGGCCUUUAUUUUUGCGUAACGCCGGAGAGAUGGAAAUACCUGGAUGGAACAUGUGAUCGGUUUCCAAUAGUAACGAUCCCGACUACAGGUUUCCUAUGACGUGAAAAGAAAAGAAAGAAAAGACGAAAAGAGGGAAUGGACUGCACCUGCGGGGCGGCGCGGCGGGAUGGCGGGGCAGCCGGGACGCGGGGCCCGACGGCGCCCGGAGCAAGCGGAUGCACGCGGACUGGCGCGGCGCGGCGAGAGAAAACGCGGCGCUUCUCGAGCAAAACCCUUUUUUUUAAAUUAUUGUUAUUUUUUUCCCCCCUGCGGGAAAUCCCGCCGGCCGGAUCGCUGCUUCUCCGGGGGUUUCCCGGCUUCCUUCGCGCCCCGACCGCCCCGGCCUUUCGCGUUUGCUUUUAACCCAGGAGCAAAUCCUCAACCGCAAACCAGGAUCUGGCCCGAUUUCUUUUUUCCUUUCCUUUUUUUGGGCGGAUUUUGAACAGACGGCCUGCUGCGUUCCUAAAGGGAAAACAAAAAGUGCUGCUGGUUUCCCCGGCGAGCGGAGCGGCCCGCGACCGCGUCGCUCCGUCCCGGCUCCGGCGAGCCGAGGGGGUGGCCGGAGCGGAGAAAAACUCCUCCGGGAAACUCAUCCCGGGCCGGGAAACCAUCGACGCGGGCGAGCGGAGCGGGGAUAACGGCGGGAGCCGACGCCGCGAUUACGCUGAAUUUUUCCCCGGCCCAAGCGACGGCAAACGCGCCUUCGAGUCUGCAGCGUGCAAACCCCCCGAUAAAAGACAAAUUGCUCCCUAACAGCCUAGAAAGGCUUGUGGUUUUUCUCUUUUUUGGAAGAACCAGCCCAUCCCGGGUCUGCUCCUCCCGGCGCGACGCCGAGGGAAGCCGCAGAGGCAGGACGGGACCCGCUGCCGGCGUCCGAGUUCCUAUAAAGUGCAUCCACUCUCCAGCCCGGGGCGUCACCGCACAACCUCAACCACUGACUCUUCUUCAAGUAUCAAAACCAAAAAAAUGAGGUAAAACGAAAAGGAAAGAGCAAACGGUCGGCCCCUCCGCGGGAAGGGCCGGCGCGGGGCCCCGGCGGCCGCCAGCAUCCCGGGGAAGCCGUGGGCCGCGCUCGGAGCCGGCGCUGCGCCGGGGGGAAGCGUCCGCGCUGCCGGAUGCUCCGGGCUCCCGGGAGGCUCCGGGGCCGCGGUGCCGCGGAGGACGGGCGAGCGGAGACUUUCGCCCGCGUUUCACCGGCGGCUCCGACGGUUUGGGGCUGGCGCCGGCUUCCUUAGGGCAGCGUCCGGCGGGGCCGGCGUCCCGAAAGACGCCGCGGACGAGCCAGCCCCGUGGAUGAGACAGAACCCAAAAAACGGAAAAAACGGUUAAAAAAGGGAAUGAAACAACCCUAACGUGCUACGUCUGCUGUCCGGCUCCGAGCAGACAGGGCAGCAAGCCUAACCGUCCUCAGCCCCGCGCCACCGGCCCGGCCCGGCGCCCGCCCGCCUCCGGCUCCGGCAUCUCCGCCGGCAUCUCCCGUCCGUCGCCGGCACCGUCGGGGCGUUUGGGAACGGCGGCCGAGGAAAGGAGCGGCACCGGCCCCGACCCGCACUGCUCGGCUGAAACUGCCGCCUUCGCGCUGCCGGCCCGAGGCCGGAGGGCAGAAUAAGGCAAAAAUAACGGCCUACAACUUCCUCAUUUUGUUCAGUGACUAGCCAAAUCUUUAUAGUUUUUUUUUAUCAAAAAAGCAACAUAAAAACCCAAACGUAUCUUUUUAAAAAAAUACAUAUUAUUAGAUCCCAUUUUUUUUUCCCCUCUAUAAAAAUAACUUCAGUACUUUGAUUGACAGAAGGUACCAGUCGGUGGUCUGCUAUUUUGUUAGGCUUUUCGUUGGCUUAUUUGUUUGUUUCAGAAAAAUAGUACCAAAAAAAGAUGGAAUUUCUGGGGAAGCUAAAAAUGAUAACUGAGCUCGGUUACACGUUUAUUUUACAUUCUGCUCUGUCUGGGAUCACUUGGAUCUACUAUAGAUUAAACAAUAUGGAUAGCAUCUACUAUUUGAACUAGUUAAUUUUCUUUUAAUCUUUACUCUAGGAUUAUAUGAAAUAAAUUUGAACGUUUAUUAUUAUUAUUAUUAUUAUUAUUUUAACUUUUUUAAUACCCCUCAACGCAAACUUUUCCCCCCCCUCCUUCUUUUUGGUUAAAAACAAACAAAACCUCUCAUUUUCAGAUGCGUCUUUGAAAGGCAGCGGAGCAGGAGCGUCCCGCCGUCCCCCGCCGCGUGGGCGCGGGGGGCCGGGACCCCCCCAAAGCCCCUCCCGGGGCCGGGACGCGGGACGCGGGCGCAGCUAAGUGCUCUCCCGAGCGGGGCCGCGGUGGAGCGGCCGAAAAGGGGGCUCGGGGGCCACGGCGGUCGCGGCUGUCGGCACCGCCGGGAUGCAGCGCCGGGCCCCGAAUCCGGCCGGUGCCGCCGCGGGAGGGAACGGAGCAGCGGCACCGGGCAGGACCGGAGCCCCGCGCUGCUUCCAGCGGGUCGGUGCCGAAGGCGCCCCGAAACCCCCCGGGAGCCGGGCGCUGCCACCGGCCCGGCCUCUGCUCCGGUGCUCCGCCGGCCGGGAACGCCGCGCUCCCGCCGGGCUCCGGACCGCCCGCGCGCGCUUGGGAUUCAUAGUGGUUUUUCUUUUCUGCUUCUCCGGUUUUUAUUUAUUACCUUGUUCUUUUUUUUUUUUGUUUUUUUCCUUUUAAAUACAUCCAACUGUGUUAAUUCCUCAUGUCUGGAAAGGGCUAUCUGCACCAUAACUAUCACCUUUUACAUACACACACGCACACACAAAAAAAGGAAACAUAUAUUAAAAACACUUUUUAAGCAAUA